GCACCGGUACGUAUACUACAACCUCCACGAUCGCCCCUACGGUCAUCUGCUGCGUCUCUAGCAAAUGCGGCAAGUGUUACAACUUGGUCUGCUGCGCUGCAGUACAUGAUGACUUUGCUAGCAGCAGAUCCUGUAGUUCUAGUACAGCUCAAGCGCAUGCGUUCCGACCAAAAUUCGCAUGAACAGCAAUGGUGGAACGCUCGAGUCGCUAUUGAGAAACAAUUUGAUGACCGCAAGAAGCUUGAGAGCUUACUAUCGAUGGUCGGUGGUAAGACAAGCUCCAACGUAACCACUAUCGAUACAGAGCUGGAGACAGCAUUGACAACGUAUGACACGAAAGUACUGCGGGCUAUAAAGGGAAUGCGUGAUGCUCAGCGCAGUGAAC